GAACAGCACAACAUGCUGGGCUCUGGAUUUAAAGCUGAGCGUUUACGAGUCAAUUUGAGAUUAGUUAUAAAUCGUCUUAAAUUACUGGAGAAAAAAAAAACGGAACUGGCCCAGAAAGCGAGGAAGGAGAUUGCAGACUACCUGGCUGCUGGGAAAGAUGAACGCGCUCGGAUCCGAGUGGAGCACAUUAUCCGGGAAGACUACCUUGUGGAGGCCAUGGAGAUCCUGGAGCUGUACUGCGACCUGCUGUUGGCUCGGUUUGGCCUCAUCCAAUCUAUGAAAGAACUGGAUACUGGUUUGGCUGAAUCUGUGUCUACAUUGAUUUGGGCUGCUCCUCGACUCCAGUCAGAAGUGGCCGAGUUGAAAAUAGUUGCUGAUCAGCUCUGUGCCAAGUAUAGCAAAGAAUAUGGCAAGUUAUGUAGAACCAACCAGAUUGGGACUGUGAAUGACAGGCUAAUGCACAAACUAAGUGUGGAAGCGCCACCCAAAAUCCUGGUGGAGAGAUAUCUGAUUGAAAUUGCCAAGAACUACAAUGUGCCCUAUGAGCCUGACUCUGUUGUCAUGGCAGAAGCUCCCCCUGGGGUAGAGACAGAUCUUAUUGAUGUUGGAUUCACAGAUGAUGUGAAGAAAGGUGGCCCUGGAAGAGGAGGAGGAGGUGGUGGUGGAUUUACUGCACCAAUUGGUGGCCCUGAAGGAACAGUACCAGUGCCCAUGCCGAUGCCCAUGCCAAUGCCCAUGCCAUCUCCUGGUUCUCCUUUCUCAUAUCCUCCUCCAAAGGGACCGUCGGAUUUCAAUGGAUUGCCAGUGGGGACUUAUCAGGCCUUUCCCAAUAUUCAUCCACCUCAGAUUCCAGCUACUCCCCCAUCGUAUGAAUCUGUUGAUGACAUUAAUCCUCAUAAGACUGUCUCUUCCACACAGAUCAUUGGCCCUGGACCCAAGCCAGAAGCCUCUGCACAGCUGCCUCCCAGGCCUGCAGAGAACUAUGACAACUUUGUACUUCCAGAGUUGCCGUCUGUGCCAGACACACUGCCUGCUGCGUCUGCUGGUGCCAACACCUCAGCUUCCGAAGACAUUGACUUUGAUGAUCUUUCUCGGAGAUUUGAAGAGCUAAAAAAGAAAACAUAGGCCUUUAAACCAGGCAACUUCCAAGUCCUGGAAGUUGGGACUGAGUGGCUUCUCCUUGUAACAAAGAAUCUCCAUGAAAUUCUGUUUCAUCUAUUAAUCAUCACUGAGUGUACUCUCCCUAUGGGCUCUCUUCCUGCUCUGCCAAAUUCUGCUGCUUUCCAGUUCUCUUGCUCCUAAGAGACUAACAACUGGAGACUAUGAGGCUAGAGCAGCUAGCUGCUGGCAGCUGUGCUUGUCCAUUUCCUGUCAGUGUGACCCAGGUUCUAUCCUGGUCUGCCCCACAGUCCCUUCACAAGAGAGUGAGAAGGUGAAAGCAUCCUGAGGAGAGCUCCAUCCCUGGCUGGACAGUGGAGACAAGCA